AUGGGAACGCAUAUCAGCAAAGUAAAAUCGAUUGAUCUGGACAGCUGGACGGCAGAGCAGGUGGAGAACAUGAUCAAGUGGGGCAACGAGAAGGCCAACAAAUACUGGGAGGAACGCUUGCCUGCGAGUAGUAUCCCUAACGAAAAUACGUCAGGGAUUGACCCAUGGAUCCGAUCAAAAUACGAGUGGAAGCUAUUUGCGAGCAAGGGACCUGUCCCCGAUCCUGCAGGCCUAGGACCCGUUGACGAAGCCAUGCUGGCUGAUCUACAUGGACAGUUAGGUGCACGACUUAGGGUACACAUGGAACGUCCGUCGGAACCAGGAUCAUUUGGGAUCAUUGCGCCUCCACCGUCAACUCCAACCCGCCCAUCCGCUCACAAGUCAACCAUGAAGUCGCCAGCGGGUGAGCAAGGUGGAGAUCUUGUCUCGAUAGGUCAACCCCAGCAACAGCAACAGCGGCCAAGGCCAGCAACCCUCCAGGAAGACUUUUUCGGUUUGAAUGAGCCUACGCCUAACAGCUCCACAAUCCCCGCCGCUACUCAGAAUCAAACUCAGGUUAACAACAAGAGGGCCAGUGUCCCGUCCCAGCCCCAUCAGCAGCAACAGAGUUCAGGGACAGCGCAGGAUUUGUUUUCACUGAACGCUUCUCCCACCACCCCAGCCCCAAGCGGACAUGUGGCUAACGCUGCGAGUCCAGUGCAGCAGGCAAAACCUGGUGGAAAUGCUGACUGGAAAAAUUCGAUCAUGUCCUUGUACGGGAACCAGAACUCGGCUGGCAACCGGACGUCGACUGGAUUCAGCAUAGGACAGCAGCAACAGCAGCAGCGACCUCAGUCAGGACAGUUCAAUCAAGGGCAGGGUGUGAACUCCUUUGGAUAUGGACAGCAGCAACCGCAUCCAUACCAGCAGCAGCAGCAUCAUCAGCAACAACAAUACCCCCAACAACAACAACACCAACAGCAACUGGGCUUAUGGGGAGCCAAUAAUAACAACGGACUCGGGAACAUGCAGCAGGCAGCGCCUUCGUUUGGAAGCGGAUACAACAAUGGGGAUGGAUUCGGAGGUCAAACACAAUCCAGCACCAACAGCAGACCUAUGAGCGGUAACUUUGGACACAACAGCAACAACCAACAGGGCGGUGACUUCUUCGACAUGAUCGCGAGCGCCACCAAAUCGCCUGUGUCAAGUCCACCCGCUCAAAACAAUAAGAGUUCCAGCGCUUUUGGAGACUUGAGCUGGAAGUAG